AUGGAGGAAUGGAUUGAGUUAGAAGUAGAUAAGGAUAAAGCUAGUUGGAAAUGCUUCAACAAGCAUAGGAGAAAAUUGAAAAGAAAAACUAUGAAAAAUAAGGAGAGUUUCAUAUUUUGUCUAUCUCUAAAUAACUCAGAUUCUAUAACAUUGCGUUUAAAAUCUGACUUAAGAAAGAAAACGCCAACGCAAUUCAACCUUCCUUCUCGUGUUUUUAUCACCUUCAAUCUUACCGUCACUAAACCAGAUAUUACAUUUGCAUUGAGUAUUAUGAGCCAAUUUCCGAAUGCUUCUUGCGAUAGUCAUUGGAACGCGGUUAUUCAAAAUUUCAGAUAUACAAAGAAUGCACUAGGAAAAUGGUUAUUAUAUGAAGAUAAAAGUGAUGCAAAAAUCAUUUAUUAUUCAGAUGCAUACUGGGUCAGAUCACCGUCGGAUAGAAGAUCCACUUCUGAAUAUUGUGUUCUUAUUGGAGAAAAUCUAAUUGCAUGGAGGAGCAAGAAACAAAACACAAUUGCAUUAUCUGGUGCUGAAGCUGAAUACAGUGUUAUGGCAGUAGCCUCAAAGGAACUUGCAUGA